CUCGCUCUCUAUCCACAAAGCGCACCCAACUCCCAAAAACCCUAACCCUAACCCUAGUUUCCUCGUCUCCUUCUCUUUUUCGCGGUCGUGGUCGUCGUCGUGGUCGUCGUCUCUCGAGAGAGCUCGCGAUCAUGGCGAACCCGAGGGUGUUCUUCGACAUGGCGAUCGCGGGGGCGCCGGCGGGGCGGAUCGUGAUGGAGCUGUACGCGAACGAGGUGCCGCGCACGGCGGAGAACUUCAGGGCGCUGUGCACGGGGGAGAAGGGCAUGGGGCGCUCGGGGAAGCCGCUCCACUACAAGGGGUCGACGUUCCACCGCGUGAUCCCGGACUUCAUGUGCCAGGGCGGGGACUUCACCCGCGGGAACGGCACCGGCGGGGAGUCGAUCUACGGGGAGAAGUUCGCCGACGAGAAGUUCGUGCGGCGCCACACGGGGCCCGGGGUGCUCUCCAUGGCCAACGCAGGGCCCAACACCAACGGCUCCCAGUUCUUCAUCUGCACCGUCGCCACGCCCUGGCUCGACGGCAAGCACGUCGUCUUCGGCCAGGUCGUCGAGGGCUUGGAGGUCGUCAAGGCCAUCGAGAAGGUCGGAUCCCGCAGCGGCACCACCUCCAAGGCCGUCACCAUCGCCGACUGCGGCCAGCUCUCCUAGGGUUCCGGCCGGUCGGUCGGUCGGUCGGUCGGUCGCCUUCUUCCUCGCCGAUCCACUCCUCCUCCUCCUACUGCUACCACUACUAGUAGUAGUAAUGGUAUGUAAUAAUCGGUGAAAUACUGGUGUUCGUCCUCCUCUUGCGUCGGUCGUCGUCGUCUGUGUUGUUUGUGUGGUUUCGAAAUUAGGGUUUCCGAUCGACCGGAUCUUAUGGUUUCUCCGGAUCCGUGCGAUCUCUCUGUGUGUUUAUCUCGUCUAGGGUUUCUGCUUCUCCGUUGAUCCAGGGUUUUCAAGCUUUAAUCGAACAAAAUAUGAAUAAAAAUCGCACCUUUACUCUCUC